CGCCGCGACGGGCUGCGCUGCGCUGCGUGCGCAGUCCACGCCCACGCCGCACGACAGGCCGAUGGAAUAGUACCGUACCGUGCCGGUGGCGGCACAGCUGCAGCUCGGGCCGGCCUCCCCGAGUCCCCGUCGCGGCUGCGUCCGUUAUAACCCCCGCCCGGACGCACGGGGCAGAGCAGAGGGGGGGUACCGGACGACGGACGGACGAUGACGACGACGCGAGGCUCCAGGGGGGCGCGCAUGACCGCGCAGGACGCGGCGGAGGCGGCCGUGGGCGCGGUCGGGUGCGGCUACGACGUCACAGGGGACCUCCGCCUGGGCCGCGCAAAGCCCGGUGGCCGGCUGGUGGACCUCGACGCCGCCGGGACCGGGACAUCCCCGCGGGACCUGGCGUUCCCGGGCGGCGCCGUCGUGGCGGGCGUGCCGGCCGGUGUCGUCGCCGACAAGGGCGAGCGCGCGCGGUUCCGCUCCGACGUGCUCCCCUUCGCGCAGAUGGCGGAGCAGGUGAACCGGUCGCUGUCGCUGGCGGGCAGCAAGAUCCCCUCGGGCGCCUUCAACGCCAUGUUCGACUACCGCGGGUGCUGGCACCGCGACGCCGCCGCCACGCGCAGCCUCUGCUUCGACGCCCGCCUCGUCGAGCUCUACAGCGUCGAGGCCGUGCGCGCGCACCUCGCCCUCAGGGAGGACGUCAAGCGGGACCUGCCGGCCUCCUGGGAUCCCCCCGCGCUCGCCGAGUUCAUCGACAAGUACGGGACCCACGUCAUCGUCGGGGUGAAGAUGGGAGGGAAGGACGUGGUGUGCGUGAAGCAGCUCAAGGGCUCUGACCUCACGCAGAGCGACGUGCAGGCCCGGCUCAAGAAGCUCGCCGACGACAGGCUCUCGUCCUCGUCACAGGAGGAUUCCACGGCAGGUUCCGGUUCCGCCGCGGGAGACGGCAGGCUGUCGCAGGGGCUAAACGGUAAAUUUGGCCCCGGAUCAGCCGCCUGGCAGUCCUUCAGAUCACCCGUUGUGUCUCAAAAGGAUGACAUGGUGUGCAUUCACAUCAGGAGGGGCGGCGUCGACAGCGGGCAGUGCCACAGCAAGUGGCUCUCCACCAUCACCGGCUUCCCGGACGUGAUCUCCAUGUCGUUCGUGCCCAUAACGAGCCUGCUCACCGGCGUCCGGGGCAGCGGCUUCCUCAACCACGCCGUGAACCUCUACCUCAGAUACAAGCCGCCCAUAGAAGAGCUCCAGCAGUUUCUCGAGUUCCAGGUGCCUCGACUCUGGGCUCCAGAGUUCGGUGAGCUCCCGCUGUGUCUCCAGCGGAGGAAGAACAGCCUGCCGUCUCUCCAGUUCACCCUCAUGGGCCCUAAACUUCACGUCAACACUGCCAAGGUCGAUUCCAGCAACCGCCCGGUGACCGGCAUCCGGCUGUUCCUGGAAGGCAAGAAGAACGACCGGCUGGGCGUCCACCUGCAGCACCUCUCGGCGACGCCCGGCGCGGUCACGGUGCUCGGCGAGGCCGCGUCGGCGGAGGACGCGGCGGUGAACGAGCGCGACUACAUCGAGCCCGUCCGGUCGCCGCUGCUCUCGCACAUCUGCACGGCGCCCGUGCAGUACAACGGCGCGCGGAUCGACGACUGCGCCGCCAUCGUCACCAGCGCGUGGCUCGAGGUGCGGGACGCCUGCUGCCUCAAGAAGGUGCUCUUCCUGCGCCUCGGCUUCUCCGGCGUCGCCGCCAUGAAGAUCCGCCGCUCCGAGUGGGACGGGCCUUUCGUCGUGCCGCGGAAGUCCGGGUCGCUGUCGGCGCGGCUCAGCGCCGCGCUGUCCGGUGGCCUGGCGCCGGUGCCGGUGCCGCAGGCGGAGGAGAAGGUGGAGGUGAACUCCGCCAUUUUCCCCAAGGGACCGCCGGUGCCGCUCCCGGUUCAGAAGAUGGCCAGGCACAUUGACACCACCGAGGUGAGCAGGGGCCCCGACGACCUGCCGGGCUACUGGGUGGUCACCGGCGCUAAGCUGUGCAUGGAGGGCGGCAAGGUUGCGCUCAAGGUCAAGUACUCGUUGCUCAUCGCAGUGCAAGAGGACACUGACGGACACUGAUCACGUUUGAGGCCUCCACAUUACGUUUGAGGCCUCCACAUUCCACAUUGCCGUCUUCUUUGUGUCUUUUGUUGCCGUGGUGUACAGUUCAGUUGUGCGCAUGUGUAGAUAAUGCAGAGUGCGCACGCUGCAUACAUAGAGGCAAGGCAACUAUGUUGUACAGAAUACAGCGUGCCCGGAGGCUGAUGUUUUGGUUUGUUGAUUCAGUUCUUGCAAAUCUAGGAACAGUUUAGGUUUAGAUAUAUGGAGAAAGUACCCGAUUUGAUUGAAAAUGAGAGAAAAUAGUUCUGGUUGCA